UUCUUUUUAUUUUUCUAUACUUCACUUUUUCUUUCUUCCCUUCACCCUUUUGCUUACGUUGGAGAUCGACCACGCUAGUGACAUCAUGACCACCACCGCUGUUGUCACUGAAGGGUCGUCAAAGCUUCCGCCAUCCGAGUCAUCACCAUUGACUGGGACUCGUUUGGAACUACCUCGACUGGAUAUUUCCUUUGACGAUUUUCAUAUCAGUGAUUCCUGCCUGUCGCUGCCAAGUCAGUUACUAUCAAAGGAUACAAAUUCUCGGCUCAGUGCGUCAGAUGGUCCAUCAUUGACGUCGUCGGAUAUAAAUUCGUCGUCAUCACCAUCCAAUAUUGCGUCGAGUCAGUCAUCAUCCGAUAUUGAAAAAGAAACGGACCAAACUCCCGGUCAACCACCCAAAGAUCUUCCUACUCCUCCUGCCAAAGACAAAGUUCCCUCCUCCUCCUCUCCCGUCUCUUCCAAACCAACCAUCACUACCACCACCCAUCAUCACCGCGAGAGUCACUCGUCCCCAGUUUCAAUGAAUACUUCCUCGACAGCGAGUAUCAACACAUCCACCACGACGGCUUCUCAUCCUGCUACCGACGAGAACUCCAAUGCGUCGACUUCAUCCAUGGCGGCUUCGACCCCUCCUGAUGGAUCCGUUUCCACUCUUGGAGGAUACCCGAAUCCUCAACUUGCUGCUUUAAUGAAACAAUCGCCUCCGGAAGCUCCUCCUCAUAUGCCUCCUCACAUUAUUUCUCAGUAUCAACAGCCGCAAUUGUUGACUUCACCCGUCUACAGAAACAGCACCGUACGACGGUCCAUGAUGCCAACUCCAAAUCUGACUUCACACGGCUCUGUGUCUCACAGAUCAAGUUCGGCGGUGAAUUUGUCAUUGACAUCACCUCCGCCACUGGAUCCCCGAUGGCGGGCUCGGUCAGUUUAUGGCUCCGUUUUGCCUUCCGAUCAUUCGUACUUGCCAGACAGUUCGCUCCUUGCAGCAGCCACUGCAGGGAAAAAGUCUCCUUCCAAACCCCAGUUUCCUCCCGCAACGAAACAAAAUUUGUCCAAAUUUCGUGAUGAAGCAGUGGCGUCCAAGGAUCCCCAGAAAUUAUUGGAUCUCGCCAAAUAUCUUUUGGAAGCCGUGUCUCAACUGUGUGUCGACCCCAAUGAUCCGCAACGGUCCCAAAAGAUCAAGGAAGCCAUGAUGAUGGAAGCGCAGAAAAUCGUGAAAAAAUUAGCGAAUCAGGGUGGCAUCGGUAAAGCCGGUUAUCCUGAAGCGCAGUUUUUCCUGGCCACAUGCUAUGGCGUAGGAUCCAUGGGACUUCAAGUGGAUGUCGAGAAAGCGUUCAACCUGUACAUUCAAGGAUCGAAGCAGAAUCACCCGCGAUGUACGUACCGAGCUGCAGUUUGCUACGAAGUAGGAUCAGGUACCAAACGGGAUAAGUCACAUGCCAUGCAAUUCUAUCGAAAAGCCGCCAACCUCGGAGAUCCGUCAGCCAUGUACAAACUGGGUGUGAUUUUGUUGAAAGGAUUUUUGGGUCAACCCAAAGCACCUCGUGAGGGUAUCUCAUGGUUAAAACGAGCCUGUCAGCAAGCAGACGAAGAUCACCCGCAUGCCUUGCACGAGCUUGGUCUUGCAUACGAAAAAGAAGGCAUUCCUUCGGUCAUUCCCGACCCCAAUUAUGCGCGCGAUUUAUUUACUCAAGCGGCGCAGUAUGGCUACGCUCCUUCUCAGUUUAAACUCGGUUUAGCUUAUGAGAACGGGUUGCUCGGUUGUCCUAUCGAUUCUCGUCGAUCCAUUGCGUGGUAUUCGAAAGCGGCCGAACAAGGAGACAUUGAAGCUGAGAUGGCCUUAUCAGGAUGGUAUUUGACGGGUGCCGAAGGGGUGUUGCAGCAAAGUGAUUCCGAAGCUUAUCUGUGGGCUCGCAAAGCCGCUGAUCGUGGUUACGCCAAAGCCGAGUAUGCUGUAGGCUACUACACGGAAACCGGUAUUGGGGUUCAACAGAAUAUAGACGAAGCCAAGCAGUGGUACAUGCGAGCGGCGGCUCAACGAAACAAGAGGGCCAUUCAGCGUUUGGCCGAACUCAAGAAAUUCGGUACGGGCAAUCCUGGAUUACGGAAAAAAGCGGUGCGCGGCAGUCAUGGCAAAGCCCACAGUAAAGACGGAGAUUGUCGCAUCAUGUAAAAAUUCACCCCAUCGUCCGCCCUUUCUCUCUGUCGGGUCUUUUCCAUCACACCACCUCCCACCAGCCCCUUUUGUUUCUUACUCUUUAUUUCAUCUGAUUUUCGUUCUCAUCUUUACACCUCUUCCACUAUUAAAGAAUGCCAUCCAAUAAUCUGUCAACAUAUAUUUUUCUUACUUUUUACAAAAUAAAUGAUAUACAAUACGAUUUCAAACUGUG